AUGGUGAGGAGAGAUUCUGACCAAGAAAGUGGACCACUAACCCAAGAACCACGAAUUCCAAUUACGCUAGGAGAAUACUUUCCCAAAGUGUUCUUCGUAAGAGGACCAACGGAGACUGUUCAUAUGACAACUUGCUAUCAAGUAGAUGACGAAGGUGUCUCGGAAGGAAGAUCUGAAACUCAUGAAGAGCAAAAGGUCUUGACGCAACCAUCGCACUUCAAUAUUGAGGAAAAGGUGGAACUUCCUGAAGCAAUACGCGUAGCAUUGGUAAAGGCGUUGAUGGAUCUUAAUAUUCAUCCAAAUAGAAUAAGAGAGGCCGAAAAAUUAGAACAUGAGUCUCAAAACCGUGCUAUCUGUUGCGCGACAUGUGCUUCCAUCACAUUCACCGAUGAAGAUCUUUUGUUAGGUUCCAAACCACACAACCGUUUGCUUUUCGUGUCCGGGUAUGUGCGAAACAGAAACUUAGUCGCAUGCUCAUGGAUGGAGGUUCAACAAUAA